AAUAGAUCCCCUCUUUAUAACUGGGGACUAUUGUCUUGAAAGAUACCCGCUUCCCCUACUACACCUUUACGACCUGCACCCCGAAAAGAAUAAAAAAGUUUCAACAAGCUAUAUAUCCUCUUUUUCGCCGGAUUGGACGGAGAAUGGGCCAGAGACAUAAUCGACGUCGCACACGACCCCGAUCUCGAAACCGCAGCGUCAAUCCUUUACAUCUUCCGUCCCACCCUUUCUCACGACCUGUCAAUACCUGCGCUCCAGCUGUUCCCUCCGCUUUCGACUGUCCUGAAAUACCCGCCCCGACCUGGCACUAUGGGCAUUUGCUAGGGCAGAAGCGUGAUCGUGCGCUGAGGAUGGAGGCUUCUACGCUGGAGGCGGAACAGUAUCGUCUCUUUGGCGGUGUCCCGGGCGACGAUGUUGGUCUCUGUUAUCGCAUGUUGGAGUACUUCGGUGGACUCGACUAUAUCGAUUGUCCACAAUCCUUAAACGCACUACCUGGGUGACUUUAAUCCUGCAGACGUCAUUGGGCUUUCUUUUGCAGCAAUCCUAUAAUUGUCGUCCAGGCGGUGGAAAAAAUAAUUUUUCAACAAAACCAAAAAAGGGAAACGAAGGCAUACCCAAAUGGCACGCAAUACUCAACCG